GAAUCGAGUAAUCGAUAAUUUUCUCUUUGAAAUCCCUAAUCCCUCCUCGUUUUUUGAGUUCGUUUAUGAUCGACAUUACGACAUUCCACAAGAAAACAGUUGUGACGAGUGACAGGAAAGUGGUUUGUGUGCGGUUUGUUUCGUUUCUCUAUUUCGUCAAUCUUCUAGUUCGCUGAAAAUGGCGGAAGCUACAGGUGCGGCAAAUGUUAAUCCCAAUGCAGAAAUUGUUCGAGGGCAAAUUUUUGAAGUAGGCCCUCGGUACGCAAAUUUGGCUUACAUCGGAGAAGGAGCCUAUGGAAUGGUUGUGUCCGCCGUGGAUGCAGUAACGAAAACGAAAGUGGCAAUCAAGAAGAUAUCUCCAUUCGAGCAUCAAACUUAUUGCCAGAGGACACUCAGGGAAAUCAAAAUACUCACACGGUUUAAACACGAAAAUAUAAUUGAUAUUAGAGAUAUACUUCGUGCAGCAACAAUAGAUCAAAUGAGGGAUGUAUACAUUGUACAAUGUUUGAUGGAGACUGAUUUAUAUAAACUCCUUAAAACACAGAGACUGAGUAACGAUCACAUAUGUUACUUCCUUUAUCAAAUUCUCAGAGGGCUGAAAUAUAUACAUUCGGCAAAUGUACUUCAUAGAGAUUUAAAACCAAGUAAUCUACUUCUAAAUACUACCUGUGAUCUCAAAAUAUGUGAUUUCGGGCUAGCCAGAGUAGCAGAUCCAGAACAUGAUCACACGGGAUUUUUAACAGAGUAUGUAGCUACAAGGUGGUACAGAGCACCUGAAAUUAUGCUUAAUUCCAAAGGAUAUACAAAAUCAAUUGAUAUAUGGUCGGUGGGAUGUAUUUUAGCGGAAAUGUUAGCAAAUAGACCGAUAUUUCCAGGAAAACAUUAUUUAGAUCAAUUAAACCACAUUCUUGGAGUCCUAGGAUCUCCCUCUCAAGAAGACUUGGACUGUAUUAUUAACGAAAAAGCAAGAAGUUACUUACAGUCUUUACCAUAUAAACCAAAAGUUCCUUGGUCUAAAUUAUAUCCGAAUGCUGAUCCCAAAGCGUUAGAUCUCUUGGAUAAAAUGUUAACUUUUAAUCCUCACAAAAGAAUAGGGGUCGAAGAAGCGUUAGCACAUCCUUAUCUUGAACAGUAUUAUGAUCCAGCAGAUGAGCCUGUAGCAGAGACUCCCUUCAGGUUCGAUACAGAAUUGGACGAUUUACCGAAAGAUCACCUGAAAAGAUUAAUAUUCGAAGAAACGCUUCUCUUUAAACAAUGUCAAAUAUCGGACCCGAGCAAUAGGUCAUAGUCAUUUGAGAUACAUGUAUAAAAUUAUUUUCUAUUUAUAUAAUUUUUGUUAUUGUAUACGUGAAUUUAUGCAAUGGACAAAAGUGUAGAGAAAAUUGUUGAGUGAGAAGAUAGAGAUAUGUAAUAGUCAAAGAUCCGAAUCUAGGUUGACCUUCACCCAUGUGUUUACCGGAUGAAACAAUUUUUUUAUUAAAGGACACCGCACACAUCUUAUGUAAAGUAUAAUGUCGCUCAAAUGAAAUGAAGUAAAAUUUACAUAAACAGAUUCGUCUCGAAAUAAUAGUAAUUUCAUAUCAUUGCGCCAACUCUGAAUCGUGCUUAAUUAGGGCGUAAAUUGAUAUAAAUAAAUCUAAAAUCAAAUGGGAGUGUACGUGAUUAUAAGUGAGAGAAAAGAUCUUGUAAAUCGAAAGUUCGUAAAUCUUUCUUCAAGAGGCUGAAUCUUAUCGAUAAUAAUAGUACUUACGUAUAAUUUGGUACCUAUGUAUGGUACCUAUGUAUGUUUGGUAACAAAGUACAUGGUAGUCAGUAAGCGCGAAAUAUUAAAUACACAGCUUUUGGUUAACCAACAAUUAAUUGACAGAGUCGACAGCUACACAUACCUUGGUACCAACAUAAACAGUCAGUGGGACCACUCAAGUGAAAUAAAACAACGCAUAGGAAAAGCGAGAUCAGCGUUCAUAAUGAUGAAGUCUCUUUUCAGAAGCCACGAUUUACCUCUUGCUACCAAAAUCUCUAUCAUCAGAUGCUAUGUAUUUUCUACGUUAUUAUACGGAGUAGAGGCCUGGACACUUUCCGAGGCUUCUUUGAGAAAACUUGAGGCAUUCGAGAUGUGGUGUUACAGGCGCAUUUCGAGAAUUUCGUGGGUGGAUCGUGUGACUAAUGUUGAGGUUCUACGUAGAAUAGGCAAGGAAUGUGAGAUUAUUAACAUAAUCAAAGAGCGCAAACUAGAAUAUCUUGGCCAUGUUAUGAGGAAUGAACAGAGAUAUGGCUUGUUGCAACUCAUUCUUCAAGGCAAGGUAUUUGGAAAGAGAGGACCAGGGAGAAGAAGAAUAUCUUGGCUUCAAAACCUGAGAAAGUGCUUUAAUACAUCGACAACCGGACUAUUCAGAAUAGCAGCACGCAAAGUUAGGAUAGCCAUGCUGAUCGCCAACAUCCGGAACGGAUAGGCACCUUAAGAAGAAGAUAAUUUGGCCAGUCGCACAAAAGUAUAUUGUUAGUCUAAUCGGCUUAGGAAUAUUUAUGAAUGACAGUUUUAUGAACUUCAAAAAUGUGAUUUCGAUUAACUUUAAUUACAAUUUACGCCCUUGUUAAUUAAAAUUCAGAGUUGGCGCAAUAAUACAAAAUCACUGUAAUUUUGGGACGAAUGUUAAUGUAAAUUUUAUUGUAUUUGAGUGACAUUGACAAAUAUGACUUGCAUGGGUUGCCUAUCAAAAUCUUGUCAUAGCUAUUCUUAAGGGGGGUCGGCGUAGGUUUAAAAUCAAAAUUUUUAGCACAUUUUUGUGAAUUUUUUAAGUACGGUAGAAUUAUUUUAUUUUUUUUUGUUUAUAUUGAAUAAGCAUAUUCUGUACAUUUCAUAGAAUAUUAAAAAAAAUUUAAGGAAAAAUAUUGAAAAAUAAGCCAACGGUGGCAAAUUUUUAAAGACGUCUCAAAAAACAGUGGAUUUUGCGGUGGAGAUCAGAACUUAUCAUUGGAUCAUGUUAAAUAAAAAUUCAAAAAGAUUUUAUUAGCUUAUGAGUUUUUAGCUUAGCUUAUUUUUUACUUUUUGGUAUAAAGUCAAAACAACGAAUUUUUUGCAAAAAAAGGGUAAAAAGCAACAUAUUAUUUAUUGUUGUUAAACAAAAAAUAAGCACAAAACAAAAAAUAUCUCGGCGUUAUUUCACGAAAGGUCAAAAGAAAAUAUAUACAUAUACUAAAUUGCAGCUGUAUCGGUGAAGUAGUUUUGGAGUUACAAUGUCUACCGCCUUUGAAAAAAGCAGUUUUGAGAAAACUCCGUUUAUCCGUAUUGUCAACUUUUAUUUUCAAUUUCUUUUCUGUCUAUCAAAUCGUGAUGCACACCGGAAAAUGUUUUUGAAUCGCGGAGUAAUUUUAAAAAGAGAAUGGGAAUCUCGAAAAACUCAUAAGCUAAAUUUUUUGUUUAACAUGAUCCAAUCACCAGUUCUGAUUUCCACCACAAAAUCCAUUGUUUUUUGGGGUGUCCUUGAAAAUGUAUCACUGUUGGCUUGUUUUUCUAUAUUUUUCCUUGAAUUUUUUUUAAUAUUCUAUGAAUUGUACCGAAUAUGCUUAUUUACUUAAAAAAAUAAAAUAACUUAAAAAUACUUUUAAAAAAAUUCAGAAAAAUGUGCUUGAAAUGUUGAUUUCAAACCCUAUGCCCCCCUUAAGGAUCUUUGACAAGAUUUUGAUAGGCAACCAAUGCAAAUAAUAUUUGUCUAUGUAUGAAAUUCAAUAAAAAAAUGUUUCAUUCGGAAAGCAGAUGGAUGAAGGUCGACCUAGAUUUGGAUCCCGUACUAUAAGUUUAAAACUUUACUGUGAAUAGGUUAGACCUAUUAUAAUAUUAUUAUUGUUUUAAGAAAGCUUUUUUUAAGGACUACAGAGCAGAUUAUUGUUUGUGUUUUAAAAUAAAACACGUUAGGUUUAUUAUCCAAAUUCACUGCAACUAUUUAGGGUUUGACUACGUUUCUAGCUUGAAAAGUGUUCAUCCAAUGUGGUUGUUGUGGAUUUAGGUAACAAAUUUGUAAAUAUUUCGAAAA